CAAUUACCAGCAAUUCGAACAGCCAGCGCGUGAAGUUUAUUUUUGGACGGUAUGACUCUUCUUGCGUGCCGUAGAAAAUGGGGCGUGGCUUAGCGAGAUUGCGGAAGUAGUUGUGCAUUCUCAGCGGAAAACACGUGCAGAGCGAUUAAAGUAAUCCUGAGUGAUGUAUAAAUACUGAGUCGAACAGAAUAAAGAAGAAAGAGAGAAAAACAGUGGGACGGAGUGGGAUCUUAUUUGAGGACAGCUGGGAAACUUUUUUUUUUUUUGUAUAAGCACGGAAAGGCCCCCACACCCUCUGGAAAUUCAUAGAGGAUCUGUUCAAUGUUUGUGUCUGUAAUUGAAGCUCCAUCAUGUCGUCUAAGAAAGAGCCGAGCGCUGAUGAGCGCUUCGCCCGCGUCAAGAAGGACCCACGCUUCUGGGAGAUGCCGGACGUGGAGCAGAAAGUGCGUAUUGACAAGCGCUUCCAGUCCAUGUUCCAUGACGAACGCUUCAAGCUGAAGUACACGGUGGACAAACGCGGCCGUCCCGUCAACCACACGUCCACCGAGGACCUGAAACGCUUCUACAAGCUGUCUGACUCUGAGCAGAGCGAUGCUGAUGACACACAUGAGGAGCAGAAGAAGAAGAAAGUAAAAGCAAAGGAGGAGGAGCUUGAAAAGGGGGAGGAGCCUGUGUCUAAGAAAGCUGGAAAGAAAAAGGUGUUAAAAUCCAGCGAGUGUGAGAAGAUCAGGAAAGCAGAGCCAGUUAAAGGAGUGCGAGUCGUCGAAGAAGUGGAGGAGGAGGAUGAAGAAGAACUCGAGGAGGAUGAAGAAGAAUAUAGUGACAGUGACAAAGGAGUGGGUCUCUCUGAUGAUGGAGAGGAAGAUGAUGAUGAAGGUGAGAGUGAGUCGGAGGACGACAGUGACAGCGGUCCUGAUCUGGCCCGAGGAAAAGGUAACAUCGAGACGAGCUCCGAGGAGGAGGAUGAGGAUGAGGUGGAGGAGUUCCUGCAUCAUGAGGAAGAGGAGAUUGAACACGACUGGGGGGAAAUGUGGAAGGACGCUCCACGCACUGAGGAGGUCAGUUGCAGGUUAGCAGUGUGUAACAUGAACUGGGACCGAAUCAAAGCUAAAGACCUGCUGGCUCUGUUCAGCUCCUUCAAACCUAAAGGAGGCGUGGUGCUGUCCGUCACGAUCUAUCCCUCAGAGUUCGGUAAGGAGAGGCUAAAGGUGGAGCAGACUCAGGGCCCUCUGGAGCUCACCAGCCUUCCAGACGACCCAGACGCAGACACUGAGGAACAGCGGAUCUAUAGGGAGAGGAUGCGAGAUUAUCAGUUUAAGCGUCUGCGUUAUUACUACGCCGUGGUGGAGUGCGACUCGCCCGAAACGGCCACCAAAAUCUACGAGGAGUGCGACGGCUUCGAGUACGAGAGCAGCUGCUCAACGCUGGACCUGCGGUUCGUCCCUGACAACACGACGUUUGAAGACGAACCGAAAGACAGAGCGACAGACGUGGAUUUGGCCACCUACCAACCCAAACUGUUCACCUCCACCGCCACCACUACAGCUAAGGUGGAGCUAACAUGGGACGAGACGGAUCAUGAUCGCAUCACCACCCUCAGCAAGAAGUUCAACAAGGAUGAGCUGCUGAACAUGGACUUCCAGGCCUACCUCGCUUCCUCCAGCGAGGAUGAGGUCGAGGCAGAAGAGGUCAACUCGGCGGAGUGUGAGACCGAGGAGAAGAAGAAAGGGAAGAAGGAAGAAGAGCAGAUCGCUAAAUACCGCGAGCUCUUGCAGAGCAUCCAGAAUAAAGACAAGAAAGAGAAGGACAAGGACAUGGAGAUGGAGAUCACCUGGGUGCCAGGGUUAAAGGAGAGCGCGGAGAAACUGGUCAAGAAAAAGAUGGAGGGAAAAGACAAAAUGACUCCGUGGGAGGAGUUUCUGGAGAAGAAAAAAGAGAAGAAGAAAGAGAAGAGGAAAGGAAAGAAGGAAGCAGAGGUCCAGGAUGAGGCUGCUAUCAGCGAUGAUGAACUUCCUCCUGACGUUGACCUCGAUGACCCCUUCUUCUCUGAAGAGCUGGGAGGAUCUACUGGGACGGCCCAGAAAAUCAAGAAAGCAAAGAAAAACAAAAAGGGGGAGGAGCAACUAACAGUGGAGGAAGAGGCGGCGCUAGAGAAACAGAAGGCUGAAAUGGCUCUCCUGAUGGACGACGAUGAAGGUGAGGAACACCGCCAUUUCAACUAUGAUCAGAUCGUGGAGCAGCAGAACCUGAGUAAGAAGAAGAGGAAGAAGCUCCUGAAGAGCAAUACGCUACUGGAGGAGGACAACUUCAAGGUGGACUUGCAGGACUCGCGUUUCCAGGCCAUGUUCACAUCCCACCUGUACAACCUGGACCCCUCGGACCCGGCCUACAAGAAGACCAAAGGUACUCAGAGCAUCCUGGAGGAGAAGCAGAGACGGAGGGCGGAGCAGCAGCGCAGCCAGGAGGAGGCGCUCCAGAGUCAGGAGAAACCCAGCAUGAAAACAGAGGAGAAAGAGAGCAGGGGUGGAGGAGAGAUGGCGGGUUCGACAUCAUCAGCGGCUCCGAGUAAAAUCCUGGACCCGAGUCUGUCUUUACUGAUCAAGUCUGUGAAGAACAAGACCGCGCAGUUUCACGCCCGCAAGAAACAGAGGACAAAAUAGAGCCGUUUCACUGCGUUGGGAAUUGAAUUCAUUUAUACAGUUUGAUAUACAGUUGUUUGUACAGGAGAUUUUACAAUUUAAUAAAAGUCAUUUAAGGUCUAAA